AUGACAGCACCGCACGUGCAACUUCGCACCACCACGACCGGCGGUCGUUUCGACUUCGACGAUGGGGGCACGUACUGUGGGGGUUGGGAAGACGGGAAAGCACAUGGGUAUGGUGUGUGCACCGGCCCCAGGGGCCAGGGCGAGUACAGCGGCUCGUGGCAUUUUGGAUUUGAAGUGUCCGGAGUAUAUAUUUGGCCCAGCGGAAGCACCUUCGAGGGUCAGUGGCAAAAUGGCAAGCGCCACGGACUAGGGGUAGAAACCCGGGGUCGUUGGGUGUACCGCGGAGAAUGGACACAGGGACUGAAGGGCCGAUAUGGGGUUCGACAGUCACUCACUUCUGGAGCCAAGUACGAAGGAACUUGGGCUAAUGGAUACGGUUCGGAGACGUACGCUGAUGGAG